GGGUUAUUGUAUUCUUCAUAUACUACAGAUUUUUUAAAUUAAAUUUAUGUAACUUUAAUUUAAUUAUUUGAUUUAACCUAUCAUCUUCGUUGAUAGGGUAAUGUUUUUGAAAUAAUUCAUUUAAUUCAAAGAUAAUUUAUCCAAUUUGGUUUAAAAAAAAGGUGAGGGUGUGGGAGGGAGAGAUAGCGCUUUGCCCCCCCCUGGUUUUCGCGGGCCUCGUUCACUAGCGCGCGCAAAAGGUGGUAGCUUAGCCAGAAUGCUAAUAACGGAUCUAUAGCGACAAGUAGGGACUGGAGGCUUUGCAGUAGCGGUGUCCGAAGCGAUACAGGCUAUACAGGUAUUCAUAGUAAUAUAUCAGUAAUAUAACUGUUAAAUGCCAUUUUCAUUAAGCCUUUUAUUUCUUACUGAACACACUAUGCUAUGCUAUUAUACGGCUAACCUGGGUGAAACCGAUUGAGGCAGUGGAGAAGAAAAAAAAAAGUAUGCACCAGCAAUGGCAGAGGAGGGGAAGCUAAAGUUGGAUAAUAUGCUUUCUGUCAAAUAAAAGUAACUUUUACAGAUUUCUAGUGAAGAUUUAACUAUGUAACAAUAAAAUAUCUGCUCGAUUUAUUGAAAUAUCUCUUAAUUUAAAAGUGCUCCGACAUGUUUGGAGUCGUCCCCACCGGUGUUCUGUCAGAUCAGCACACUCUGCGAUGGCAUAUGCUUAACACAAACUGACGGCUAUACUGUAUCUGUCAUUACCAUAUGAUUUUAUGUAAGCAGCAACAUCAUCAUGACGCAGAAAUUAGAUAAUGCGCACGUAUGUUAUUCUGGCCAUUAUUAGCCACCGAGGUGGAAUUAAAAACAUACAGUUAUUAGUGAAAACAGCUGGAUUAACUUUUGGGUUUACACAGAUCUGCUUCAUGUUGUCAGGUAUCAGGUUGCGCUGAGGGGAGAGCUGGUGAAAACAAGACUGAACAGUGUGAUCUCUCCUGGUGUCCCAAAAAGUGAUGUUUUACAUUUGUUCAGGGUUAUUAGCUGCUAAACAUAUAGUCAAUGUCCUAUUAUUUUUUCUUAUUUGCUGUGAAAUAUUUGGUGAUUGUCCUAAAUAAAAUAUUUUUGCACACAUUGUACAGGUUAUUUUCCACAUAGGAAAAAAAUGACUCAAAUUGUAUCACUUUUUUCCCUGAAAGAUCUGAAAGAUGGAUGAGUUUGUAAAACAGAAGCUGACUGAAUGGAAACUUUCUGACCUAAUCCCUGCUUUUGAAGCUGAAAACAUUGAUGAAGAAAGCUUCUUUCUUUUGGAUGCUAACUGCCUGACAUCCCUGAUUCCUCACCUUGGUCCUCGUCUGAAAUUUCAACGUCAUUUUGCAAAAUUUCUUGAGGUAUGCUUUGAGUCAUAGGACAAGACAAAAUGGGAUAUGUGUGUUUUAAAUGUGGGAUGUCUUUAGGACAUAACAUAAGGAAUUUUUUUUCUCACCUAAGAGUAAUUCAUAACACAUAUUCAACUUCAAGAUAUGUCCAGUGUGCUCAAAGUGAGCACACUGGACAUCUAGCCCUAAAACAACUGAAGAUGCUGAUCCUACACCACAUGCUGAAUUAGAGAGUGGAGUUUCUUCUGUUGGAAGAGCAGCAUUUAACAUCCGUGAGAUCCUCAGUGCCUCCCCUGAAGGUAGACCUGUGGUUAUCAGUCUUGAUGGAAAUCAGCAUAUAUCCAUUCGUGAAAGACGGUGCAUGGUCAGAACACUUGUGUCACACCUGAUGGAUCAAUAUGGAGAAAACCCAUCUUCAGACACUAAAGCAAUUCUGGCAUCUUCGAUUGUGGACCAGUUUCCAUGUUUAAGAGACAGCCAUGGCACAGGAUAUGACGCCUGGUUUACCCGCGGAAGACAACACAGGCCAGCAACUGGCUUUCUGGAGGAGCGUCUCCGUAAUGUAAGGAAAAGGCAUCAACCAAGGAAGAAGAUGCUUUCAGCCCCAGAAGCUCCACCAAAAAGAUCAAGUUUGCCUGAACCAACCAUCAGUGCUGAGCGUGCCAUCCAGAUGACAGAAUGGCUAAAAAAUAACUUCUGGCCCGCAGACCAGGUUGUCCAAUACAUGCGGGAAACUGCAGUAUAUCGCGCAGGAUGGAUCCGCUCAAGUGGGACAAUCCCAAUGCAGCAGAUUUUUGCAGAGUUCCCAUGUUUGUUGGACACACCAGGGAUGAUUUUGCAGGACUUUGCCGUUUUAUGUCCACAGUCUUGUGGAAAACUGACAGAGAACUGGAACACCUUGUUCUCAUCAAAGGUCAUUCGCAUGGGGAAGAAGGAGGAGAGCGGUCUUCUGCCUGAGAUUGAGUUGCUUCCACAAGACAAACAAGGUGACGUGGCACUGCAGCUGCUGCCAAAACUCCUCCAUGCUGUUCCCUACAGAGUUGGGCGAAAGGUGGUCAGACCCAGCAACCUUGAAGUCCAGCAAGCCUUCAUUGAUGUCCAGCCAAUUGGGACAAAUAUGGUGGAAUAUCUUGGAAGUACAGCAACAGAGCAUCCACGUGUUCUCAUGCUUGGGGACAGGUAUUGUUGUUCCCAAGCAUUUGUCGUCAUAAAUGGAACUGCUUUGGAAUAUCCAUCUCUUUUGGGGGCCGUUGACGGCUGUUUCAAAUCAUUCUUCGUUUUUGAUGUGAGUUGUCCGAAGUCGUGUAUCCAGAUUUGGGAUUUUCUCCAAACUGUGAUAUAUGAAAUCCCAGGAAACGAGUCACCCCCGAUAAAAUUAAUGAGGGCACAGUUGGAGGCCAUGGAAGAAUAAAUGCAAUUCUUCAAUAACCCUUAAAUAAGUUUUAAAUGUUCUGAUUGAAAAAAAAAAGUAGCCUGCACAAACUUUAUGUGGCAUACAAUGAUGGCCUGAGGCUCCUACUCAAAGUGCCUAGAUGGAGCAGUGCCAGCCACAUGUUUGCACAUAACGCUGUUCCCACAUGUGCAGCUGCGCUCAGGAAUCUCAUGUAUAAAUGUAUGUGUAGAUUACCCGUGUCAUACAAUAAUAUAAUAGCAAUUUUAGUAAACCCUGUUUUUAGUACAGUGAGAUUUUUCUCAAGAUUGUGGAAACAUUGGCGUCAUCAUUUAUUUGUGGCUCAGUGACUGUCAUGUUUCUUUUUGUUUUUUUUUUUUCCUUUCUUUU